CAGCCGCAGCCGCCGCCGCUGCACGGUCCGGCUCAACUGAUAUGGAUCCAUCUACCUUGUUGCUGUAUCGGAAUUACAAUCAGCAGCACCAGCAGCAGCAGCAGCAGAUGGGCUAUCCUCACCACAACCAGCACCAGCACCACCAGCAUCAGCAUCAUCAGCAUCAGCAAAAUCAACCGUAUUACUAUCGAUCGAGCGCUUAUCAAAGAAGCUACAGCUAUCCAGAAAUUCCCAAAUACCAGCAACUACCUUUUGAUUUGAUGUAUCAGCAACAACAGCAUGACCUUUCAUCUGCAACAGCUACCACUACCACUACUACGGCCCAUCAUCAUCAUCAUCCUCAUCCUGUCUAUACCCAACACCACCAUCAUGCAUUACAACAAUUUCAUAGCCAGCAUCCUCACCGCCACCAUCAGCAUUCGACAACAACAACAACAACAACAGCAGCAGCAGCAGCAGCAACAGCAACGAGCCCUUUGAAUCACAUGCCUUCAAACGAUCUGGACUACAACGCGCCAUCGUCAUCCACUCCCUCUCUUGUCACAAGUCCCCAUCUUUCAAGUCCAGAACGUGACAACUUCGGAUCACCGCAACCAGAGCAAUGUGAGCAACAGGCGUACGAUACAACAGCGGUAGCAGCUACCAGUAACACCUCGUCUACAACUUCUUCUAUUGUCAGUGCUGAUCACCAUCAGCAUGAAGCUGGAACAACGGCAGCAUUACCACGCCAUACAUCAUUUGCUCGUUGUACUUGAAAUAAUCGCCUUUAUCUCUUCCCAUGUAUAUCAUCAUCAUGUUCAAUUCUCCAUUUUCUUGCGUAUAUUUCUAUUUCUUUUCUCCAGAUGAACGCAGAAGCUUAUGAUGUUGUACUUUUUUCCGUUGUUGUAACUUCAUACACACCCGUUCACUAUGUAAACACUGGCUCCCCUGCUACUAUUACUACUAUUACUACUACCCAUCCCACUCCUGCUCUCACAGCACAAAAAAUGUAUCCAAUUUUCCCCCGUCUUCUGUUGCUACUAUACAUUUUCAUUAUAAGUAUAUAUUUUUCAUGGCACGACAAUGAUAUCAGGAAUAAAUAAAUA